GAGCUGGGGAAGUACGGUCUGCUCUAUUACAAUGCACUCUUCAUGAUCCUGCCCACCUUGACCAUUGCCUACUUCACCGGAGAUGCGCAAAAGGCGAUGGAGUACCAGGGCUGGGCAGACACGCUCUUCAUCGCGCAGUUUACGCUGUCGUGUGUGAUGGGGUUUAUUUUGAUGUACUCCACGGUUCUUUGCACUCAGUAUAAUUCUGCUCUUACAACUACAAUAGUUGGCUGCAUUAAGAAUAUUUUAAUAACCUAUAUUGGGAUGUUUUUUGGAGGAGACUAUAUUUUUACAUGGACAAACUUCAUUGGUCUAAAUAUCAGUAUUGCUGGAAGCCUGGUGUAUUCCUACAUCACUUUCACGGAGGAGCAAAUGAGCAAGCAGUCCGAAGCGGGCAUCAAGAUGGAUAUUAAAGGAAAAAGUUCUGUGUGA